AAGUCAUAAAAACCAGAAGCCUCUUUUAAAUUCAUUGUUCAAUCCUCAAACGUGAAAUCAUCUCCCAAUCUGCUGCACGGCGUCCCGCGAAAUCACUGUUCAGGCCGCGCCAAGCCGUUACAUCUGCCGUCCCGUGGAAUUGACGAUCAAUUAUCGUGUCACGCGAUAACUUGGAAUUCGGGAACGCCGUCGUCCGUUGCCGUUCCGAUCCGGCGCUUCCAGCCUAUAUAGCGGCGAUUCAGAGAGCCGAAGUUAAAGCUAGUACGUUUGUUGUCCUUAGAUGGCGUCGCUACAAGAAAGUCUGUCAAAGUUCAAGAAACAGCAAGAGAAAUGCCAGUCAACACUGACCAGCAUUGCAGCUAAAGCGGGCUCUUCUAAAGCCACCUCUUCCAAGUCUCUGUCCUCACACACCUCAAGUUUGGCCAAUGCAAAGGCUCCUGCAACCCCAGUUAAAUUCUCGAAUGAUACGGAACGGCUUCAACAUAUAAAUAGCAUAAGGAAAGCUCCUGUGGGGGCUCAAAUCAAACGUGUUAUUGAUUUGCUCUUUGAGACAAGGGAAGCCUUCACUCCUGAGCAAAUAAAUGAAGCAUGUUAUGUCGAUGUAAAUGCAAAUAAGGCUGUGUUUGACAGUUUAAGAAACAAUCCAAAAGUGAGUUAUGAUGGGAAACGAUUCUCCUACAAGUCCAAACAUGCUUUGAAAGAUAAAAGCCAACUUCUUGUUUUAAUUCGGAAGUUUCCUGAGGGUAUUGCUGUUAUUGAUCUCAAGGAUUCAUACCCUACAGUCAUGGAGGACUUACAGUCUUUGAAAGCUUCGGGCCAAAUUUGGCUGCUGUCAAACUUUGAUUCACAAGAGGACAUAGCCUACCCAAAUGAUCCAAGAGCAGUUAUUAAAGUUGAUGAUGAUUUGAAACAAUUAUUUCGGGGGAUUGAACUCCCACGUGAUAUGCUUGACAUUGAAAAGGAUCUUCAGAAGAACGGGAUGAAACCUGCUACAAACACUGCCAAGAGGAGGGCCAUGGCACAGGUUCAUGGCAUUGCUCCCAAGCCUAAGAUCAAGAAGAAGAAGCACGAAAUCAGCAAGAGGACCAAGCUUACAAAUGCUCACCUUCCAGAACUCUUCCAAAACCUCAAUGUACCGGGUUCAUGAGGACAGGAUAAAGCAGUACAGUUUACACUACUCACAUCGUUCAGAGGGGAUUCCUUACCUGCGAACAGGGCUUGAUAUCACUUGCAAUUGAGCAGCUAAUCCAUGAACGAUUAUUUCCUGUUCUUCUGUAUUCUAAUGCUUCUGUGUCUUGCUUACACACCCUCCAAUAUAAGUAGAAGCACGACCAGACGUGAACUUUGCUUCUAGACUUACGGUUGGAGGUUAUUUCUUCUUUUGAACAUUUAUCCUUCAUUGAGGGUUUGCUGCAAGAAUUCGGUGUAUGUUGUGGCUAAUUUAUGUGCAAUUUCAGUGAAGGGAAUACAAAUAUGUUCUUGUUGGUUGUCUA